AUGGUUCAGUUGGGCCACAAGAUCAAGAGGACUGCCUCGGCAAAGUCACUGGGUUCAGUGCCAACCGCCGAGGACGAAGACCCCGCUCGGCACUUUCUGCUGUCCACGGCCAGGAAGAGUCUGCAAAGUGCAUUCGAGGGCAGUUCUUCGGAUGACGACACAAGUGAUAGCAGCGAGUCCGUGCAGUGUGACGACCAAGCAGAUGCUUUGUCUGCUUUUGGCCUUUGCAAGAAAGACCUCGUCCGUGGUGAGAACAUGUUGCGAUGGGAUGACUUGAGCUGUCGCCCCUUUGCAUAUGUCUUGUCGUGCAUCACAGAGCAGCUGACAGCCGGAGACGUGUUCGAGCUGGGGGGCGAGCUUGAGCCUCUGCAUGCAUUUGUCAGACGACUGCCCUGCUUUGUACACUCACCCUCAUGUUGA